GAGGAGUAAAGAUGGCGGUGCGGGGGUCUCCGCCUUCUGCUCCCGGCUGAAGCGCUCCGAGAGAAGCUGCAGCGGCAACUGGGGCAGCAAUAGCAAUCCAGGGGUGGUAGUUUCAGCAGCAGCUGCUGAGGCCGGAGCAAUGGCGGAGCUAGAGCACCUGGGCGGGAAGCGGGCAGAGUCCGCGCGAAUGCGGCGGGCUGAGCAGCUUCGGCGCUGGCGGGGCUCGCUGACAGAGCAGGAACCCGCGGAGCGACGAGGCGCGGGGCGGCAGCCGCAGACUCGUCGCGGGAGCCCUAGGGUCCGCUUCGAGGACGGUGCUGUUUUCCUGGCCGCUUGCUCUAGCGGGGACACCGACGAGGUGAAAAAGCUUCUGGCCAGAGGUGCCGACAUCAACACGGUCAACGUGGACGGCUUGACAGCCCUGCACCAGGGUCUCUACCUGAAGGAGUAG